GACAGUGAACACAUACAGUACUAGUGAUCAAAAAUGUGUGACGAAGAGAUUGCCGCGCUGGUCGUAGACAAUGGAUCCGGUAUGUGCAAGGCCGGUUUCGCCGGUGAUGAUGCACCGCGUGCCGUGUUCCCGUCGAUUGUUGGCCGUCCGCGCCACCAGGGCGUGAUGGUCGGUAUGGGACAGAAGGAUUCGUACGUUGGUGAUGAGGCCCAGAGCAAACGUGGUAUUCUGACGCUGAAGUACCCGAUCGAACAUGGCAUCGUUUCCAACUGGGAUGAUAUGGAGAAGAUCUGGCACCACACGUUCUACAACGAGCUGCGUGUGGCGCCGGAGGAACACCCGGUCCUGCUGACAGAAGCUCCUCACAAUCCGAAAGCCAACCGUGAAAAGAUGACUCAGAUUAUGUUUGAGACUUUCAACACUCCGGCGAUGUAUGUGGCCAUCCAGGCUGUGCUAUCACUGUACGCUUCGGGUCGUACCACCGGUAUUGUGAUGGAUUCGGGUGAUGGUGUCUCGCACACUGUCCCCAUCUACGAAGGUUAUGCUCUCCCGCACGCCAUCCUGCGUUUGGAUCUGGCUGGUCGCGAUCUCACCGACUACCUGAUGAAGAUCCUGAUGGAACGUGGCUACACGUUGACGACCACUGCCGAACGUGAAAUUGUUCGCGAUGUUAAGGAAAAGCUGUGCUAUGUCGCUUUGGACUUCCCGCAGGAAAUGGACACGGCUGCUACCUCGAGCUCGCUGGAGAAGUCGUACGAAAUGCCCGAUGGACAGAUCAUCACCAUCGGUAACGAGCGUUUCCGGUGCCCGGAAGUUCUGUUCCAGCCUUCGUUCAUCGGCAUGGAAUCGACCGGCAUUCAUGAGGCGGUGUACAACUCGAUCAUGAAGUGCGAUGUGGACAUCCGUAAGGAUCUGUACGCGAACAUUGUACUGUCGGGUGGAUCGACCAUGUUUGCCGGCAUUGCUGAUCGUAUGCAUCGUGAAAUUAAUGCCCUUGCCCCGAGCACAAUCAAAGUGAAGAUUGUGGCGCCGCCAGAGCGCAAGUAUUCGGUCUGGAUUGGUGGCUCCAUCCUGGCGUCGCUGUCCACCUUCCAGCAAAUGUGGAUCUCCAAGCAGGAAUACGACGAAUCCGGCCCGGGUAUCGUCCACCGCAAGUGUUUCUAAAUGCACUUCUCAUCAUUCCUGUUGUUAAUGUGUUAAGCGUUGUUCUGUUAGUAAAUUAAAAUAAAUUACAAUUUUAAUAUAAAACA